CAUUUGUACAAGUGUCACCCAAAACCGAGUCAUUCUGUGAUGAGUCAGAAGCUUUUAAGGACGCCGUGAAUGACCAGGAUAGUACCAACAGUAAAUAAUGGGACCUAAGAAAGGCCGCCGUAACCUGAAACGACCUAAGACAGCAGAAGUAGCAAAGAGACCCAAUGGACCUGCAGACUCCCUGAACAACCCCGAGGCUGCACCCACAGAGGCCCAGUCCAGCAUCAGUGGCACGACCGGUUCCAAUGAGCCCUUCCCUGGAGCAGGACACAGGCUUGGAGAGGGACGUGGACACUCCCAGAGCCUCCCAGUGCACAGAUGGAGAUACAGUGUGAGGCCAGCUGCUAGCUAUCUCCUGUUCCCUCAGACUCAGAUCAAAUGGCCCCGCAUCAGUGAGGGCACACAGCCAGUGGACCGGAAGCCGCUGGUUUAUCACAUGGACGCCAGAGGUGAACAGAACACAGAUGCUGGUGAGGAGGACCUCCCUGAGGACUUCUUUCAGGUGACAGCAGAGGACAUCAAGAAACGUUACGCUCAACUCCAGACAGACAGGAGAGCGUUGGAUGAGGCCCCCCUGCUCACCUCAGCACUGAGAGAGGAUAACGUGAUCAAGCAGAUGCAGCGCUACCCAAAGGUGGUUAUCAGAGUAUGCUUUCCUGACAGACAUGUUUUGCAGGGACUCUUCCGUCCAUUGGAGACAGUUGGCAACUUGAAGCAAUUUGUGAGGAAUCAUCUUGUUGACCCUCAGAUCCAGUUUAGCCUCUGCGGCGCUCCGGGCACCCUGAGGAUGGACGACCCCGGCGCUACGCUCUACGAGGCAAAUCUGUUCCCAACCGCUCUGCUCUACUUCUCCUCUGGUUCACAAUCAGCUGCGAGCCGAGGUCACACACCUCAUCACACACCUCACUUGUUCCGGAAGGGUCUUUUCCGCUCCCCGCGGCCCCGGAGGCGUCGACCAAUCAGCAGAGGCCAGCGGCAGACAGCUGGAGGCCUCAGAAGAUCUCGUCUCGCCCCACACGCCAGUGCUCUGACCCCCCUACCGGGACGCGCCCCAGGCCAGUGGGCACAGCGGACCGGCGCAUACCCAAGUGGCUCAAGCUGCCAGGAAAAAAAUGAAGAUUUGUUCUUGAGAAAAGUGGCUUUCUCUGUAGGAGUGGAACACUUUCAUCUUCAGAAAUUCAAAUGAGCUUUGUUCUUUCUACCACUCACACUUCUCCCCUUUCAACUGAUUGGAAGGAUUUGGAGUCUAUAAAUUAGCCAUACAACUUGUCUCAAAACAGUCAUAAUGGGUAACACAUUGUUGUUGUUUUUUUUAUAUAAUUUUAAGUCAGUGGAUGACCCCUAAGAUUACCUACUUCUUAAUGUGUAAUUUAUUCUAAUGUAUCAAGUAAACACUCAACAGAUAUAACUUCCAAACCACUUCAUUAAUGAGGCUGAAAAUGAAAUCUCUUCACACAACUGAACCUGCUAUGUGAAUUAGCCAAAUGACACAUACUAAAAGGCAAUGGUCACAGAAGGAUAGUUCUGACCUGAAUUUGACCUGAAAAUCAACAAAAAUCAGUUUUUGACAGGGGUAUUGUUUUUGUUUUCUUCAUUUUGCAUAGUAAGUUAAUUAUACAGUUUUUAUAGUUACAGUUUUCAUUUUAGAUCUGUCAAUAGUUCAGUGUAGGAACCUAUAGGAUUUUUUUUGUUCUGGAUCUUUGACGGCUCAGGAGAGCUAAAUGUGAAUUAUUGCUUCAGUGACUUGUCAAUUUCAUCAGUUAUUUCUCUUAAACUCUCAGAGAAUAAAUAAUUUAAGAGAGAAAUGAGAUAAGGCACUUGGUUGUGACAUUUUGCUAUAACUGCCAGGAAAAAAAAAACAGUUUUCAUGUCAUAGGCAGGUUAAAUGCACUUUAUUGUGACUAUAUUUGCCUCAUCCACAAACACGAAGGUUGUCUUGAGAGCAAACAAAGGAUUGAAAUGCAGGUCUGAACAUUUCUGAGAAUGAUUUAUAACCCCUUUGAGAUGUCACUCUAGGGUGAAAUUUAGUACACCGAGUAUAGUCCUAAAUCUCACUUAAAAUUGUAUUGGAGAGAUGAAGGAGAUAAGAUUUCUUCUUAGAUUUUCUUUUCUUAUUCUGGGAAUUCCCUCAAGUCAUUUAGCUUUUUAAGGUGUUUGUGCAUUUACUUGGGUUCAGCACAUUAGAAAUAAGCAUAAAUAUAAUCAAGUAUCUGCGGUACAACAAAGUCAAUAAUUACAGUCAACGACAGAGAACCAGUUUCAUUUUGACCACUGUAGUGAAUAACAAAAAGCACAUGCAGCCUACAUGCCAUGCUAUGCCAUGGGUUUUAAAACCAGACAUGUGCAUUUUUUCUUUGAUCAUAAGCAGACAACAAAGUGUCAUACAUAAUUCCCACAGUCCUUUGAAAGACAGAAGGAUGCACAGAUCAAGGUUCAUCGAGGCUUUGGUAAAUGCAAACAUAGGCGACAGGUGUCAAAAUCAGUUACUGAGGAACUUGCACACGCUUCACUACAAUUUCUAUGAUUAGAACCUUUUCUGUUCCGUUGUUUCACACCAGCACACUCAAACACACACUCAUACACACACCCAAUGGCAGCUGCCGCCAUCAGUGACUUAUGAGCACGUCUGUCCAAAACAAGCUGGCGGAUUGGAACUGGAUCAGUCUGCAUCUUGAAGGGGAACACUCUGUGCAGCGAGAUUGCUCCAGACCGUCUGGGCUGCCUGUCGACACCCCCCUUCUUUAAUGUCGGAUCAAGAGGAGCUCAAAGCCAUUACUCUCCCCACUCCGUGCCUAACCGCUUUCACAUGUCUCAUAUCCACCCCUUCACAUGUCACUUGUUCCACUGAGAGACACGGGGAGCAGUGGCCUCGCCUCAGAUUGCCUCCUCCACGGCCUGGUGACAAUGUCUUUGCAAACUAUGACAAGCAAUAAAGCGGACUGAAACGGAACCAGUCUGGGCCUGCUCUGAAAUCCAGCACGAGCAAUAAUUAAAGAGGAUGUUUGCUUUCAUUAUUAGGGAAAUUCUUUAAACCACAUUAUAUUAAGGAAAAAAAAUAAAAACAAAGCCAGUCUGUUA